AUGUUCAGCGAGUUCUUCCACAAUUUAACGUUGUUACAAUGUCUCUCCGUCAGCGCCUUCAUCACUACUGUAUCACUUUUCUUCUGUGGAAUCCCAAUUUGUGUAAGUAUUUGGAAAAGACAAAGUACAAAAGAUAUCAGUGCAGUGCCGUUCUUAAUGGGUGUUCUCGGAGCAGUAUACUGGCUGCGUUACGGUUUAAUGAAAAUGGAUUACACAAUGAUUGCCGUGAAUGUCUUUGCCGCCACACUUAUGAGCUUAUAUCUUAUAUUUUACUAUUUUAUGACUAAGAAAAAGUUAUGGAUCUCGAUUGAAGUUUGUGCCGUGAUAUUCCUCAUAUCAUUGAUGCUUCUUUUGGUCCAAAUAUAUGAGCACGAUAUUUUCCAUCCUCUCGGCUUUACAUGCAUGACCUUUAACAUUUUAAACUUUGGCGCACCAUUAGCUGGUCUUAAAGUGGUAUUACGGCAACGAAGUUGCGAGACGUUACCAUUGCCAAUGUGCAUAGCCAAUCUUUUUGUUUCAAGUCAGUGGGCUUUAUAUGGUCUGCUGGUAUCUGAUGUUUAUAUUAUUACACCGAAUGCGAUUGGGAUGCUGUUGGCAAUGAUACAGAUAGGAUUGUUUCUAAUAUUCCCGAUGAAACAAGGGCGUCUUUCACCAGUACAACGGUGUUUCAAUCCUUCAUGCUGCGCUAUGGCAGCUUCCUCUUUCUCUUCUGAGGAAAACGGUUCGCAUUUCGAAUCCAAAUUAUUAUGGUGUUUAAAUAGUUAUGCACUGUUGUAG